CGGGACUCCUGUAAAUAACUGUUGUUUUUGUAACAAGAAACCAUCAGAUGUGGAUAUAGAUCAUGACUGUUUAAGUGAUGUCGCAGAAAAGGAGAGUUUCGGCUACGCAGAGCAGGGCUCCCAAGCGGUCACAGAUAGUGGGGGAUGAUGAAGACGAUGAAGAUAUGUCCUUCACUCAGCCGACCUCAUCUCAGGUCCAGCGGGCCAGGGAGAACUUCACAACAGUCCAGAUUGACCGUAAGACAGCAGAGGUCGUGCAGUUCAUUUUAAUUAAGGACCAGAAGAAGGUGCCCAUUCGACGAGCAGACAUUGUGAAACAUGUGAUGAAGGAGUAUAAACCUAUUUACCAGGACAUCAUGAAGAGGGUUACCCGCACGUUUGAACAGGUGUUUGGGAUGAAGCUGCUGGAGAUUGACUCUAAAAAUCACAUUUAUAUUCUUGUCAAUAAGAUCGAGCCUGUUGCUGGAGAACCUGUCAGCCUGUAUCCUAGCAACCCAAAGACCGGUCUCCUAUUUGUCAUCCUAAGUAUCAUUUUUAUGAAGGGAGGAGUUGUCAAAGAAGCUCUGAUCUGGAACACACUGAAGAAGUUAAGAGUGGAUCCAGGGGAGAAACACGAUGACUUUGGUGACGUGAAGAAGCUGGUCACAGAUGAGUUUGUGCGUCAGAAGUAUGUGGAAUAUGUACGGAUACCCCACACUGAACCACUGGAGUUUGAGUUCCGCUGGGGACUUAGGGCAGAGAAGGAGGUGUCUAAACUCAAACUCCUGGAAUUUGUAGCUCAGCUCCAUGAUCAGGAACCUCAGAGCUGGACACAGCAGUUCAGGGAGGCCACGGCGGCAGAGAGCAGCCAGUGACUCCUCUGUGGGUUUGGGUAUUUGUUAGUGCAGAGAACAGCCAGUGACUCCUCUGUGGGUUUGGGUAUUUGUUAGUGCAGAGAGCAGCCAGUGACUCUUCUGUGGGUUUGGGUAUUUGUUAGUGCAGAGAGCAGCCAGUGACUCCUCUGUGGGUUUGGGUAUUUGUUAGUGCAGAGAACAGCCAGUGACUCUUCUGUGGGUUUGGGUAUUUGUUAGUGCAGAGAACAGCCAGUGACUCUUCUGUGGGUUUGGGUAUUUGUUAAUGCAGAGUGUGCAGAAUGAAAAUGUUUUCAUGUUUGGUUUACCUUUUAUAGAAAAAGCUUUAAAACAUUUGCUUAUUACUAAAGUUAAAAGAAGACUUUGAAUUUUAAUUUUAAAGAAACCAAAUAGUUAUAUAAAUAAACAUGCUUAUAACCUCGUUGGUGUUUUUAUUAACUCAAGUUGCUAAGCAACUCUAAAUUGUUUUGUAAAGGAAGCACACUCACCAAAAAUGGAGAUUUCAUUUUUUAUUGCUUUCU